CGCCAUUGCUAAAGAGAUGGCACUGUGGUUGAAAAAAGUUUUUGGCAAUCAGCCUGUUCCAGACUAUGAAGUAGAUACUAGAACUGUAGAUAUUUUGUACCAGCUAGCAGAGCUGAAUACUGCAUGGGAUAAAGACUUUUCACUUGUCAUUGAGGAUCUGAAACAGAAGACGUCAGAAUAUGCACUGGAAGCAAACUAUCUUCAGGGGCUUCUUUUGGAGAGUGCGGGGCUGUCUUUCAGCAGCUUGUCAAGCAAUGGUUGCAGUUAUUUAAACACGAUGAAGGAUAGUGCAUUAGUCCUUAAUUUAAGAGACUCUUCAGAAAGAAGAUAUUUAUAUGCAGUAGAGGAACUGGAAAAAGAAUGCUUAACCACUGAAGAGAAAAUCCAAAAACUGGACCAAGAGUUGACCAGCCUGAGAUGUGAACUGACUAAAACACUGGUACUCGAGAAAUCUUUAGACCUUAAAAAAACAGAAGAGCAGCAGGUGGUCGAACAAGCCAAAGCAGAAAACCGAAUAAAAAACAUGGAAUUCCUCAGUGCCAAGUCAGAUGAUUUCAGAUUCAAGAUAAGAGUUGCAGAGGAGCAGCUGACUGCAAGUGGAUUUGAUAAGACUUUGUCCCACCAUUCACUUGUGGAUCUGUCAGAGAAACUAACAACGUUGAGACAGGAGAUUCGUCCACUGAAAAAGCAGCUGGAGUCUUACCUUGACUUGACACCAAAUCCUUCACUGGCGAAAGUUAAGAUAGAGGAAGCCACAAGGGAACUGGCUGCUGUUGAUGCAGAACUUGACAAGAAAGUGAACAUAAUGGAAUUAUUACUACCUCAGCAUCGUAGAGGACGUAGUACUUAAUCUUUCAAAUGUUGCAUAUCAUGAUAUUAAAAUGUAAUGGUUAUGAGCCAAACCAAGCAUAUUCAAGCGUAUAGCAGGCAUACUCAGAUGAGCUUAUAUAUUCUGGACAUCUCUUGAAGACAUUACAGAUUUAUUAAGACCACAAGAUGUUUACAACUGUCUGGUUAAUGCCUACUACCUGCAUCUUUAAAUGACUUACUUAGAAGCAGGACUUACCCAUUUAAAAACACUUUAUUGCUGUAUGGGCAGUAGUUGAAAUGCUUCAAUCAAGUGAGUAGAAGGCAAUAUUUGGGAAGAUAUAUAAUUUGAAAUGGGGUGUUAGAUAACAAUAUGAAGUUUGAAUACAAAGUGAAAGUUUUUGUCUGUUAACAGAGCUUGUAUGAUCCUUAGGCAAUGUAAACCUGCACUGUGAAAUUUAAAAAACGAAAACAGUUUAUCACUCUUGUUAUUGCUUAUAUAGGUCUAUGUUCUCAAACCAACUUAUCUUGGAAAUGCUUCAGUGAAGUUAGGACCCCUUUGGAAUUUUCAUCUUGUGAGUUGGUAGGCGAAACCCCUGAAACAUUUACCUUACCAUAUGAGCGACGCAAUAUGUAAAAUUUCAAAAAGUGAAGGACAAAAGCGCAGGGUACAUAUUUCUCUGUGUGUUUUGCCUUUUCUGUGUA